CCCAACAGCCAAAUCUUCUCUCCGCAACCGCAGUACAUUAUGCUCACGCCGCCCAUGCUCCAGCCCGACGGUCAGAAGCAGAUACCGCCUGCUGAAGAGGUGGCGCAAACGUCAGUAAAGAAGACUCGGUCCCUGCGCAAAAGGUCGUCUCCGGAGAGGCACACCAUUCGUUCCGGGCGAUUAGAACAGAGGGCCGAGAUCGUAAGGAGAGAUUCGAGCAGCGAUGAAGACUGGGAGGCUUGGAGACAGCAGUUUCGAGAACAGCUGAGAGAGAGACGCAGACGGUGUCAGAUACAGGGAGCGGAUUGCUCGUCUAAGUCGAGA